UAAAUUUAGCCAAACAAAAAGCCUGCCGGGACCCGGUAGUGCGGCCCGCUACGCAAGCGAACCGUGCGCUCCGUGCCGUAUCACCUCUGUACGGGUUGCGAAGAAUUGGUGGCGCACUGAUAAUCGCCAUCGUCCACAAGACAUGCCGGUGGUAGCCUCAAAGUAUAAAACUACCCCGACCACAGACCGACCGGUACAGUGCGGCAGGUUAGCUUAAACCAUUCCAUCAGCGCUUCAGCAGGACAUUCGCAGGACAAACACACAGGAGCCGGAGUACAAAAUGAUCAAACCGUUCGUCUGCAUACUGAUCGUGGCGGCCGGUUGCGCCAACGCCUUCAUGUACAAACACCCGUACAACCACCAUCAGGCGGCGGUGCUGGCCCACGAGCCGGUCGUACCGGUGGAGUUUGUGAAGCACACCACCAGCCCCGCCUUCCGGCCCGCCUCCUUCCUCGAGGUGAUGGAGGUCGUGCUGGACUGCUUCAACACGCUGCGCAUCCCGCUGCAGCGGUUCCCCUCCUACCUGUCCGGCAUCUUCCCGGAGGAUCCGGAAACGAAGUGCUUCCUGCGCUGCGUCGCCAUCAAGCUGGGCGUGUACUGCGACGAGAAGGGUGCCGAUCUGGACCGGCACUGCGUACAGUUCGGGCUGGGCGAAUGCUGCGAAAACUUCUCCAACCGCCAUCUGGUCUGCCUGCAGCAGAACUCCCUGCCCUGCCCGGAUCGGUGCACGGCCGCGUACAAGCAGGAGCUGUGCUUCCAGGAGCCGAUCGCCAAGUAUCUGGACUACCACUUCCACGAUCUGGUCGGACUGUUGCAUCAGGCCAAGUGCAGCCACGAUCUGAAAAUGCUGCAUCCUUAAAAAAAGAAGCCCGUUCGUGUUGGUUGGUGUAGUGUAGCCGUACUUUUCUUCUUUGCGUGUUUGUUUCCGGUGUGUGUGUGUUGUGCCCGAAGGGGUAAGGGUAUCAUCAGCAGCGCGUGGCAUGUGUUAGAGCACGAGCGCUGGCGAUGGUGCCUAAAAACGCAUAAAAACUAAUAAAAAAAUCAAUAGCACAAAAAUAUCCUAAUUUAUUCGUUUUGUUCUGCCCUCGUUCCAUUCGUUGAAUGAUAGAGAAAGGAUGAAUAUUAUGGGCACCGGAAUAACCUUUUCUACCUUCUAUCUCUUUCUGACCAGCUUGCUUCCUUCCACCAAAAAAAAAAAACAGGUCUACUAAACCUCUACGGCUUCAAAUGCGCUAUAUUUACCGUAGACUUGCCAUUUAAUAUGCUGAAAACUUCAAUAUUGUCCCUCUUUCGCUUCGCUUCGCAGAACGCAAGCUGGGAAGUGACAAGGCAAAAACUCCUUUCGCCAACAACGAAAAGGUCGGAAAAGUAGGCGAGCGAACUGCAUGCUCAUCGAAAUGAAACCAUGAGUGUUUGGCUAAUUACGAUUGAAAGAAGGAUUAAUAGUGAUUAACCAGGCACUAGGCAAACUAUUUGUUCCGGAAUGGUGGUAAAAAGGUAAUAUUUUCGAUGAACAGUGCAAUGGAAGCUUUCUUAAUCCGGUUGCAACCCUUGUAACUCCUCAAUAUGUCUUAUUGAGAUCUAAGUAGCCUAUGCCUGAUCGUUCGAGUCCUGAUUAAAAUACUGAAAAAUUAUUUUCCCGAUAUAAACCUGAUAACUGAACAACGUUAAAGCCACUAACUUCAAAUCGACUGGCUUCGUAAAACUAAAUUUAAACGCUUCCUAUUGCUUCCAACCUUUAGAUAUUUCGUGACACAGUAAGAAAUCAAUCGCCUCAUUCCUCUAGAUAUGUGAACAUGAAAUGGCGAAAUUCGCAUAAAAUUUCGACAUGAAACAUGAAAAGCACACGCUCACAGAGACACAACACAAUACCGGGAACAUGCACGAGUU